UUGGCUUUUCAUUUUUGUUCUACGUGCUAGUCGCAGCAGACGCUGUAGCAACGAUGCUUUGAAAUAUAUUUCUGUAUGUUUCUUUUCAAACAGAAGUUUAUUUAUCACCAAAUAUUGAAUUAUGAAACCUUACGGAGCGUUUUGCCAGGAUGUUUCUUCUCCAGUCCUUUAAUAACAGAAGAAACUGUGACAUGUAUUUAUUGUUUCAACUCUUUGCUUUGUCAACAGUUCUAGAAUUGGUAAAGUCUUUAAGCUGUGCGGAGGAUUCCACCUUUAUAAAAGACAAAUCGUUUUCCAAUUUACGGAUACUAGAGGGUGAAAUACGUAACCACGAUGGCGUUGAAAAUCAAGCCAGUUGCGCUUUGAAAUGCAAAAGACGUUCUGAUUGCAGAUCGUUCUUUUUCAACAAGAAUACUGCUAAGUGCCAAAUUAAUUCUGUGAUUUACCUUUCUAAAGAUGGAUCAGAAGUGGAUGAAGGAGCUGUAUUCUUCAGGAAAAAAAUGGAGUGUCCUGCACUGCCGUCAGUACCAAACUCUCAACCAGAGUUUGACGUGAACUCUGCCCCUAACGCCACAGGGACGGUACUGAAGUAUACGUGCAAUGUUGGGUACUCGCCACAGGGGAGUGUCAGGUGUCAAGUAGACGGCACGUGGACUCAGAUGUCCUGCACUGAAGACUGUCCCAGUCCUCCGGUCAUACCAAAUAGUAAUCAACUAUUUGCUGCAUCAACUGUCGCUAGAUCCCAAGGAACGUUCUUGCAGUACCGAUGUCAGUCAGGGUUUGUAGCUGAUAAUGGUGUCACAGCUAUCACCUGCCAAGAAGGCUCAACCUGGACUAACAUAGUCUGUAAACUAAUCCGAUCAUGUUCUGAAGUGAAGGCGUGUAACAGUCAGUACGGAGACGGUGAAUACUGGAUUUACCCGGCUCCUUAUGGAACUACAAAAGUGAAAAUCUACUGUCACGGUAUGAAUAGCGGCUCACCCACCGAGUAUGUGACUCUGAAUGUGGUAAACAAGGCAUACUAUCCGGGAAAGUCUAGCCAAGAAUGUGGGCCAGAGACAUUUCCAGGGUGUUCCAAUGGUGGAGGGGAGACGCACUACACGAAAAUUCGUGUCGAUAUUCAGACAAUGGAAGUGGACCGAAUAGACAGCACAUUUUCCACAACAGUUUUCGGCAGCCCCCAAAAUUACGGCGAAGCAAAUGAUUGUUACACAAUACAUUAUGGAGGCAAGAAACAAACGUGUGGUCCAAAGGGAACAUUUAAUAUAGACACGACUGGAACCGGGCUAAUUAUCAAGAAAACGUUAACGUUUCCUGUGUCUGGUUGGAAUGCCUGGGGCCAGACUGUCCGUAACACUGACGGGACAAAGAUCGACUUACUGUGUGGAGGAUGGUCUGGCGGGUGUGCACCAAGUGGAGCGAUGACGUUAGAACUCGUAUCGACUGGCAGCACAGUUCCAUCCAGUUCUAGUGCUGUCGACCCGAUGUGUUCCUAGAGUUAUGGGUAUACACGAAGAUUGCCUCGUACCAUUCCUCGUCUGUUUGCAGUUUGGUGAAAGAUUAUUUAUUCAGCUUUCCAGACAAUAUGGUGUGACAUGGCAUUCAAAAGCUUACAACAAUUAAUCUAGAGAGAACGUUUUCUGGUUGUCGCUAUGUAGAUAAAGUGACAGCGAAACGAGUGCAAUAGCGCAUUGACGAAAGACGAUUUUUGUCGUCAUGAUGAAGAUAUUCUGCCAACACUUCCCACAGAGAGACUUUGAUGCACUAAUUAUGGAAGGAUCACAUACGUUAUGCCAGAUUCUACUACUGAAUACAUUUUACCUCAUCUUAUGGACCCGCUAUGCUUAUUUUUGAAUACACAGUAGUAGUUUUUAUCAUCGAUAUAUACCUAUAGUUUAGAGUUAGUGGGUACUGGGUUCGUGGCUCAGUGUCUGCUCUAACAAACAACUUGUGCACAAUGUAUAUAUACUAUAUGCAAUAAAAUAUGUUUCAAUUAA